AUGAUCGCACAUUACGCCGACAGCGACGACGCCGGCAGCCCGAAGAAGCUUCGCCGAAGGACCCUGGCAUCCGACGUGCUCCCGCUGCCGCUCUGGCUCACAAAUACUGUCUUUUUGCUCACGUUCAUCUUCUCGUGCUGCUACCUCCUCCAGCAGUGGCGCGAGCAGCUCUACUCGUCCGAGAAGCUUCACGAGCUGCUGUGGCGCGAUCUCGUCGCCGUGUGCCUCGGUAUGGGCUCCUUCAUUUACCUUAUAAACUUCUUCGGGGUCGGAUUCGUGCAGUCGGCAAUCGAGCAGAGCAUGCUCUCCGAGGAGGAGGAUGCGAAGGAGAGUGAAGAGGAGGAUGAGGAGGGGGAAGAUGAGGAAGAAGAGGAGAAAGAGGAGAAAGAUCCAAAGGAGCUACUUUCCCGCCACCCGCGCAACCAUCAGCGCAACCAUCGGCGUGGGCAUUAUGCGCCCCCUCCGCCGGAGCCCUGGUAUAAGCCCGAACCGAUCCCAACUCCCGCUAUUGCCACCCCAGCCACUGCCACCCCUCCCACUCCCGCCCCCGCCACUGCCACUCCCGCUACAAUCACAUCCGCUUCAAGCACUCCCGCGGCUCCCAAGUCCUGCACCUUCAAGCUCGACAGCUCAUCCUCGCUAGAAGACGUCCCGUUAAAAGACCUCCCGGACGAGGACAUCGCACGCGCCGUCGCGCGCGGCGCCGUCCCGAUGCAUUCCCUCGAAACCCAACUCGGCAACACCCUCCGCGCCGCGGCGGUCCGCCGGCGCGCCGUGGAGAUCAAAACCGGCCGCUCGCUCGCGGGGCUGCCCCUCGAGAACUACGACUACGACGCGAUUCGCGGCGCGUGCUGCGAAAUGGUCGUUGGCCACGUGACGAUCCCCGUCGGCGUCGCAGGCCCGCUGCGACUCGACGACGCAGAAUUUUUCGUGCCGAUGGCGACGACCGAAGGCUGUCUCGUCGCCAGCACGAAUCGCGGCUGCAAGGCCAUCUGCGCCGCGGGCGGCGCGCGCAGCGUCGUGCUGCGCGACGGCAUGACCCGCGCGCCCGCCGUGCAGCUCCCCUCCGCGCUCCGCGCGGCGGAAUUGAAGGCCUUCGCUGAAAACCCGCGCAACUGGGCGCUCCUCGCGGAAGCCUUCAACAGCAGCAGCCGCUUCGCGCGCCUUCAAUCCCUUAGCGUCGCGGUGGCGGGGCGCAACGCGUUUAUCCGCGUAGAAAGCACAACCGGCGACGCGAUGGGCAUGAACAUGGUUUCGAAAGGCACGGGGAACGUGCUGGGCGUGCUCGGCGCGCAGUUCCCGGAUAUGCGCGUGGUGAGCAUGUCGGGCAACUACUGCGCGGAUAAGAAGGCCACUGCUGUGAACUGGAUCAAGGGGCGCGGCAAAUCCGUCGUCUGCGAAGUUACCAUCCCUGGCCGCGUGGUCGAGUCGGUGCUAAAGACAACAGUUGCCGCGCUGGUGGAGCUGAACACGACAAAGAACCUCGUGGGGUCGGCCAUGGCGGGCGCGGUGGGUGGCAGCAACGCGCACGCGAGCAACAUCGUGACGGCCGUGUUCCUCGCCACGGGGCAGGACCCCGCUCAGAACGUCGAGAGCUCACAGUGCCUCACGCUGCUCGAAGCUGCCAAUGACGGGGCAGACCUGCACGCGUCUGUCACACUGCCGGCGAUCGAAGUCGGCACCGUUGGAGGAGGAACCUUCCUUGCACCGCAGGCGGCUGCGCUCUCCCUGCUGGGGGUGAAGGGGUCGCACAGCACGCAGCCGGGGGCGAACGCACAGCAGCUGGCGCGGGUGGUGGCGGCAGCAGUGCUGGCGGGGGAGCUGUCGCUCUGCUCCGCCCUCGCCUCGGGCCACCUCGUGCAGGCGCACCUCAAGUACAACCGCUCUACCGUCAACACUGCCGCUGCUGCUGCUGCCACCGCGGCUUCGGCUGUGACUGGCAGCGGUGCAUCGCCGGAAGGCCUCUGCAUGGUCAGCAAAUGCUGA